AUGAGUCAAGACGUUUCGGAACGGCCGCACACCGGCCACCGUCGCAGGCGCACCAUCGACCACCUCGACCUCACGCUGCCGCCGACUCAGAUGCCUGCCACCACUGACAUCGAGACGACCGACAGCAGUCCUCGUCUGCUCCUCUCACCGCUGUCGCCGACCUCUGUACUCGACAGCUCCAGCAUCAUCGACCACACCAGCGGUCAAAGCCCGCAGCGAUCCAGGGUCAGGUCUCGAGCUCAGCGUCCGGGCUUCCCUACGGCCAGCUCCUCUUCGCAACCGCCCCGCUCGCCCAGCCACAAGAUUGCUCAGAGGCUGGCCUCUCCGCCGAUAUCGCCAAUCGGGUCUAGGUCCGGCCUCUCGCGCAUCCUGGCGCUGCACGAGGACGACGAGCAGCCCCGCUCGAGCCCCGCGACAAGGCCGAGCGCUCGUCUCAAUAGCGACUCGAUCCUGCCUGUCAGCUCGAGCGGCCUGUUUGCAGAGCUCGGCCGCACGCCGACGACGCCCGACAGGUCGCACCACCAGCGGCACGCAUCCGCUAGCGCCAUUGCCAGCUCGUCGAACCUCCUCUCGCGCUCGACGUCGCUGCGGUCGGACCGAGCCGACCGAUACCAGUACGGAUCCCGGCACAGCCGCCACCGGACCAUCGGCUCCUCCGAAGAGCUGCCCCUCUCCGCCGCGACUGCGACCCCUCCGCGCGAUCAUCGUGACUGGUCGGCGAGGGCCCGGCGGUGGUCGUCGUCGAUGUCGAGGAGGAUGAGCAUCUCGGCCAUCAACGAGACCAUCUCGUCCACCACCUCGCCCUACCUCAAGGCCGGCCUCGACGAGCUCAGGUCCAUCUUUGACGUCGACACCAUCGGCCUGGGCGGCGAGUCCCGCGACCAGUAUCGCAUCAGCGCAGGCGACCUGGAAGAGUGCUCGGUGGCCAACGACGACGACGACAGCUCCGCCGACGAGGGCUCGGCACGCGGACACGCCCCAUUGCGAGCCUUUCGCCCCGGCACAUUUCAGUUCCCCCGACGGCUGGAUCUCGACGACGCCUUUGACUCGCCUCAGGACAUGUCGGAGCAUUCCUCUCGCAGCCUCUCCCGGCAACCUACCGUCGCCAGGCCAGCGAGCUCGGCGCACCGCCACGCGAACGGUGCAAGGGCCAGUCGUACCGGGUCCGGCGCGGAGGCGGUCGCUCCCGAUGCCGAAGAGAGCCGCGGCUCGACCGAGCACGACAAGGGCCGCACACUCGCUCCGGCCUUGGCACUGCCGCCACGGCAGGCCAACGAGAGCAGGAGCCCACGCAAGAUCGAUGGUACUAGCAGACCGAAAGCAGGACUCAGCGACUCACUCUCGAGCCCUGCCAUCACCGCCGUGGGCCUUGCGGCCAUCGCCAUUGCCAUUGUCGCCCUCUGUUCGCUCGAGGUCAGCAUUCAUCCCGACGCGGCUUCGUUGCCCCUGGUGGCCUUCAUGCUGGCGCAGCCCGUCUUCGCCGUCGCCGGUCUCGCGGGCUUGCUGCUGCAGAGGCGAUGGCUCAUGGAUCUGUCUUCGCGCCUCGUGCGGGCUCACGUCCUUUGCCAGGUGCUGAUCGCGCUGGCUGCGCUGCGCAACCUCAGCUCUUCCGCCAUCUACCACCACCGUGCCCCGCUCACAGCCGCUUCGGCGCUCGCCGUCGACGGCAAGCUGAUCACCAAGCUGCGCUUCAGCCGCUUUGACGCAGACGAGGACCCCAACCCUUAUGUUCCGACCGCGUUCGACCCGGCGACGACACCGCACCAGUCAAACGUCGGCUCGCUUCAGGACCAGCUGACCUACCUCGCCGUCUUCGUGGUUCAGGCUGCGCUGCCGCUCCUCGCCGCCCUCUGGGCCCAGUACGCAGUCGCGAUGCGGCUGUCGUCGCUCGCCGUCUUCCCCGUCGCCGCGGGCGCCCCGCAAACGGGAAAACCCUCGGCCGAUGGCCGUCCCAGCAGGCAGCCGAGCACAUCCCGACGCGCACCCUCGACGACCCUAGACAUGCCAGAACAGCAGCAAGAGGCGCCUCGGGAGCUCAAGCUCGCACCCGCACCCAUCCUCGACUUCGAGCUGGAUCCAAGCGACCUCACCUCUCGCCUCGAGCGUGUCCGGACGGACAGCCUGCAGAGUGGCACGGCGGAGCCGCCUCGCUGA